GGCGUUUGCGACCGACGCUAAUCUUUGUUUAUAUUUACACUGAUUUACAUCGGCUUUGACACUUGCCGUUUUAUCUCAGCUUUAUUACAUCGCUUUAAAUUGCAAUUGCAAAUGAAGUUGUACGGAUUGUGCGUGGACAAUUGUACGCGAUUAUGCAGUGGAAAUUUCACACGAGUACGCGCGAGUACUCGUAAAUACAUAAACGAACGAUGAAUGUGAGAUUUUCCCUUCAAGAAUUUUUUUUCCUCUUUCCGAGUAAUCCAAGUCACGCGCUACGCAAGUACGUCUGUAAAUAAUGGCAUUCUCCUUUCGAGCCGGUACCAAUUGGUGCCACGAUUUCCCGAAACUCGCCAGGGAAUCAGGAUUUUACUUCAAUAUGCACGGGUCUAGAGUGCGAGUCGACUGGAAUCGCAUAGGUGCUAUAGACAUCGAUAGAGUUACACGGGAAAGAGAUUUCUCGACUAUCGAUCAGAACAUCAAUAAUGUAAUAGAUUAUUGCUUGGAGAGCGAGUACGACGUCAAGAUCUUGGAUCCUAACUUCGUCAAGUUGUUCAGACUCGCGCAACUGUCGGUCGAGUAUUUAUUGUAUUGCAAACAGUAUUUGGAUCACAGUGUAAUAAUACUGAAGGACGAGCUGAGGCAGAAGAUAGAGCAGAACGUCGGUAUGAAGAAGGAAAUCUCUGCUCUAGAAGAUACUGUGAAGAAUCUGAAGGAGAGAACGAAGGAGAAACGUAAACUGAUUGAAACUAGCGUCGGUGAAAUUUCCAACGGGGAAGUUUACAAGUGUCCACAUUGCCCGAAAACAUUUGUGCGUGCUAUAUUUGUAAAUGCUCAUGUAGCGCGCAAACAUUCGUUUAUAUCAGACAUGGGUGUAUCCGCGUCUCCUGCGCACGAUCAUUACCGAGCUGAAACGGAGAAAUUGCACAACGAAAUAAAAACAUUGAAGGAAAGGCUGAAUCAAACUGAAAGAGUGAUAAGAAAUGAAUCUGACAAACUGCUGGAUAACACAGAAAAGGACUAUGCAAGAAACGUGAGCAGGAACGAGUAUGACAUUGGCAAAAAAGUGGAUAGAUUUCAGGAGCAAAGAAGAUACCAAGAAGAUAUCGGAAGUUUAAAGAGCAUGCUGUUCGAUGAGAUACGCGCAUUGAGAGAAAAGGAUCACGUUGUGAAUGAGAAUAUCCUGGAGACAAAUGUGAAAACUCUAAUCAGUCAGCAAGAGAAAGAGAUUGAGAAUUUGAGAAAUCAACUUCUCGAAAGACUGACUCCAGGCAUGGAAAAUAUGCAGGUAAAACUACAAACGCAAGAGAAACAUUGGAGGGCCAAGAUGGAAAACAUGGAAGCUCAGCAUCGUCAGGAUAUCGAGAAAUUGACCACAGAGUUGAAAGCAACUCAGCAGGUAGCUGACCGUAUAAAGUCCGAGUAUGCGUCUAAGGUGCACGAUCUAGAGAGACAGUCUAUGGAUCAAUCCAGCAUGUUGGUGGAACAGAGAAAGCAAUUGAACAACUUGUCACGCGAGAUCAGUAAUUCGCAGACCAAUAGUCACAAAAUUAAGGAGAAGAACGUAGCAGAAUUCCAUAAAUCGCCUUUACUAACGAUAAAACACGAUAACAGUUACAAUGAGAGCAAAACUUACAAGAGUUCACGUAAAAAUGAGAAUCCUGAGAUGGUGAUUGAAGAUAUUGAUAGUGAAUCUAGUCAAGAAUACAGUGACAAAUUGACGCCAGUCGUGACGCAAACCCAAUAUAUGCCUAGUAGAGAUAGCAAUACUGUAAAAAGCAAGGAUAACAAGAAAAUUAUUACAGACAGCAGGACUGUAGAAGAUUCGGCUGUGAAGCCUAAUUUGAAAAAAUCGAACAGAUCGGAAGGCGCUAAGAAAACGAAAAAUAAUGCGAGGCGUUACGACGCGUUGAAUGAUACGAAUCAAGAAGUGAACGGUCACGCAAAUAAAAGUGUCAUUGCUAAAGAAAGUUCUAUUGAUGUAAACAAAAAGUACGUAGGUAACAGGGAAAAGAAGGAAACUAAAUUACAUACCGACAAUGUGAGAAACAAUAAGAGAUCCGAAAUCUUAGAAAGGCGUAGCGUAAGUUCCGCGACAGAAUCGGGAUCUUUGUCAUCGAUGUCGGAGUCGGGGACCGACAGUGAGAGUGUCACAACGGACGAUGAUUUAGCAAAAAAGUAUGAAACGCCUGCGGUUAAGCCUCUCAAUGACAGAAAAAUGUCGAUUCAGGAAGACGCGCGAAGUAUGUUUGAUAAUCGACUGAGAGAAUUGGGAAUCGAUCCUGAAUGGCAGGGAAUACCUACUGCAACAUAUAAGCAAAAGAUGGAGAUUGUAAGGCAUCAGCAAAGCAUUAAUGCGAAGAAAUUGGUUCGGUACAGCCAAAUCAAACAAAAAAUACUUGAAGAUGUUCUUCAAAGGAUAUCGGAAAAUCAUGAGGAAUCGAGGUAUUCCACGCUUUCGAAAAGUUCGCCAUUAGAUAAGCUGGUUACUCAUGCUAAAUCGAAGGCAUGGAAAGCGUUCAGCAAAGACAGUGGCGAAUACACAUCCGUCCAGAAAACAGAAAAUACAACACCGUUAAAAUUACGUCUAAAGCAAAAGAUCGAGCUCCUUCCUAAAAAAUAUAAAGACGACGAGGUGUAUGAGAAUACGCGCGAAUCGCCACUGAAAAAAGGUGAAAAAACGGACAUUUACGUCAGUCCGAAAGUGACAUAUCCGAAAACGAUUCCAAGUAUUUCCUCCGCAAGCUCCAUUGACUCUCGAGAGGAUAUAAGACAGAUUUCACCUACGAAGAUAAUUGUGUCGGACACUAACGCGCGUAAAGUGAGUUCUCCGAUCAGCAGGAAACAAGCGGCAGCGCUGAAAUUGUCCGAAAACAACGACUCGGACAGUACGAUUGUACAGCAAGACGACAAUUUAGUUCUUUCUUCGAAAAAUAAUAAAAGUGUUUUGAAACCGACAAGCGGAUCAGCCGGUAGCUUGGUAAAGAAGAAAGUCUUAUUCGAUUUGGUUGACAAAAGAAAUGAUGGUACGACGGUACAGGAGAAUGAUCAAGGAAAAAAUCAAAUAAACAACAACGACUGGAACAUCGCAAGUUUUGCUGAUAGGAGAGAAUAUGCGUUGCAGAAGGAGAAGUCUAUGAGCACAGGCAAUAUUGUCUUAAAAACUUCGCAAAGCGAUAAAAUCGCGGAAAUAUCCAAGAAGAUACAGGAGCAGUUGAGCAUAGCGAGGAAGCCACCUGUAGGAUCGGUUGAAACAAUGUUUCGAUUCAACACGAGCUCGCAGGAUCUUACAAAUUAUAAUGCGGGGAAUCAGUUGUUAAACUCGACCAGCCUUAUCAGCUCGAUCUUGGACAGUCCUAUGCGGAGUUUUACAAGUCCAAAGGCGAAAGACAACAUAUUCCCACAACCAGCUCCGCGAACUCUGAAAGAUAAAGAUCCCGCCAUUGUUCAACGUAAAAGCGAAAUAAAGUAUUCUGAUCUGGAUUCAGAUAUAGAUGAAAUAUUGCAGAUGGAAUGAGAUGUGCACUAAUUGUAUCUAUAUUAUAUAUAACUUUAAAUUAUUAUCUUAAGCUACACAUCUUCCACUUUAUGCCGCUGACAUUGUAAGUCGAAUAGGUUUAACGUAUAAUUUAUUAUAGUUUUUUGUAUAACUAGUAGAAUGUACAUACAACGUUUAGGAAUGGAUAAGUUUUAAUUAGUAUACUUUAAAGCACAAACUAUGGAUUUUUAGUACAAAACGCACACGUGCAAACCAAACCAAGUCUUGUAUGUACAUUUCUGACGUGUAACUUGAAAUAUACAUGUUAUACAAAUUGUUUCUAAAA